ACUUGUUUAUAGACCGGCAUUUUGUACUUUGUGACACAGCAACGAAUAUGUGUGGACGUGAAAGAGAGAGGGAGUAGAAUUAUUACGAGCAUAUAAAGUUGUUCUUCUUGUUGUUGAUGCGACCGCCGGCUGCUGGAUGAACGGCGGACGGGACGACGAGAUGCCUUUUGUGGUCGUUGUCGUGUUUUGGAUGGCCGUCACUGAUUCUGCCGUCUGCCAAAAUAGCCCUGUCGCGUUACCAAAAGGGAAUCCAAAGUGAGAAAGGAGAAGGACGGUCGCCCCGCCGUCGUCGUUAUGUAAUUCAUCUUUUAGCUACGGCCGAAUAAUUCUCUAUAGAAGAAAAAUAACAAGAAGUGAUUGAUGCUCAUUCAUUCGCCAGCGUUCAAUCAGUAACGAGGCUAGGAUUUGAAAUUAGAGGGAUUUGUAGAGAAAAAAAAUUCUCAUGACAUAAUGAGGACACAUAAUUAAUUGUCGAAAUUUUUUCAUAUAUUUAUUCGAAUAAUGACAACUUAACUAAGGAAAGAAAAUAUAGGAUUACAUAAUUAAUUCAUGGAUUAGAUUACACAUUUUACUGCUAUCAAAAUACUAUUACGAUAAUAAACAUGCAAUUUAAUUAAAUACGAAAUUUACUGCUAUCAAACCUUUGUAAUUAAGGUAUCAAUAAUGACGAGGCCAGGGUGUUUAUGGAUUAGAUCAAACAUUUUCUUGCUAUCAAGUAUAAUUAAAGUAACAAUAAUGAAAUGUGAACAUACUACGAGAGAGCUCGCUACUAGUAGUAACACAACAGAGGAAAAUAUAGAGACAACCAGGCCGGAGACAACUCUAACCCUCGCAGCUAAGGAGCCUGAAACUCUGUAUGAUAGCGAAGAAGAAGCCGCAGCCCGGUCGAGUGUUGCUGCUGCCUCGGUGGGGAAAACAGUAGAGAAAAAGAACAAAACGAGGCCGCGCUUUGAAGUGCUAAACUUGGGACAAGUAGAAGGGGAGACCAGUGAUACCUCCCAUGCAAAGAAAGCCCAAUCGAAAAGCGCACCGCCAGCUGGUCAGGUGGUUAAUAAUGAUUCACAUCUGAAGGUUCCACAAGAGAAGGAAAAGGUCAUGGACAAGGGUAAACAAUCUGGGCGGUUGGAAAAGAACAUAGUCCCUGAUACUGUCCCAACGCGUCAAACCAUGCAAACCAUGCAGGACGUGCGAAUGGAAGAGCCAGCGGAUCUUGAGCAGACCCUGAACCGCCAAACGAAACCACCGGAUCCUACAACGUUGGCUGCAGAGAGUCGUACUCCAAGUGAGAAAAUAAAUGCUGUAAGGGAUGGACAAUCUAGAGAUGGUGCGGGGAACAUAUCCCCUUUGGGUGAUCAAUGAUGAUACUCAGCUACAACUGUCGCGGACUAGGGAGUAAGCGUGCAGUUUGAGCUCUCAAGUCGCUUUUGCGACUUUACUCCCCUCAAGUGGUUUUCUUAAUGGAAACCAAGCAAACAAAAGAUGAGAAUGAAG